UGAAAUUUGAGUGCUAACAGUCGUAUUUCGAAUCUUUGCGAUACGCUUCCCAAGUACCCCAACCUUCGAACCAUUGUAAAGCGAAUGACGAAAAGAAACCGAUCUCAAGAACAAGUUGGAGUAGGCGAUAUUGAGGACGGUGUCUCGGAGCAUAUGAAACGUAAAUGGGAACCACCAAACUGGCGGGAUCAACUUAGCAAUAUUCGAAAAAUGCGCGAAAGUCGCGACGCCCCGGUAGACUCGAUGGGUUGCGAAAGAUUGGCUGAUGAAACAGAACAUCCGAAAACAUUUAGAUUGCAGGUACUGAUAAGUCUUAUGUUGUCAAGCCAGACGAAAGAUCAAAUUACGGCAGCUGCAAUGGAGCGUCUGAAGUUGAGAGGGUGCACGCUUACAACAUUGACAAGUAUGAAGACAGAAGACUUGCAGGAGUUGAUAUACCCAGUGGGAUUUUAUAAGACAAAAGCUUUGAAUAUAAAGAAAACGUGCGAGAUCUUAAAGGAAAAAUACAACUCAGAUAUACCAGAGACUGUUGAGGAGUUAUGCACCUUGCCUGGUUAAUGUGUUUACAUUCUCUAUUGACCACUCUAGGUGUCGGUCCGAAAAUGGCAUAUUUAGCAAUGCAAUGUGCGUGGAAAAAAGUGACUGGAAUCGGUGUCGAUACACAUGUACAUCGAAUUAUCAAUCGUUUAAAAUGGAACAAAAAACCAACCAAAUCUCCAGAAGAAACUCGUCUGGCCCUUGAAGAAUGGCUCCCAAGGUAGUAAUUGGAAUAUAAUUGGGAACACUGGGAUGAAAUUAAUUGGUUACUAGUCGGUUUUGGCCAACAAAUUUGUCGCCCAGUAAAUCCAAACUGUAAAGAAUGUUUAAAUCUAUCAAUUUGUCCAUCUGCGUCGAAAUUUCAUACGAAAACAAAGAUCUAAUUUGAAGAUCGACAAUUUGCAUUUAUCUCCCAUUUCAACUACUACAAAAUACUUUCUGAGAUCAUAAGUUAUUUUUUUAAAUAAAUAAAGCAAUCAUAAUCAAA